CUACCCGCCCGAUGUCGGAAUAUCGAGCGUCGCGGUGGCCGCGCGACGACGAAUUCUCUUUCGCGGUGGCCCCGAACGGAAAUCUCUCUCUCUCUCUUACCCGCGUUGCACUCUCCUCUCUCUCUUUCUCGUGAUAAUGGCGUACUUUCCGUCGUAGUCGGCCCGUCGUUUUUUCUCACUCCCUCUUUCACCCGCUCUCUCGCUCGUCGUCGUUUCUCUCGUCGGCGCGAGUGAUCUGACGACGCUCGUGCGAGAGACUCGACGUCGAUUUCAGCGUAUGCCAUAACCCCACGACGAAUAGACCGCAGAAGCGACUUCCAAUUUACGGCGGUAAAGACGCGACCGAUGAUAUACGGCCGAGCGUCGCGCGAACCGCUGCAGAGAGAAAGAGAGCAGUAGCUCCUUUUUCCCCUUUUUUCCUCGCCGCCGUUCGUUCGGUGCAGUUUCGACCGUUCAUUCGUUCUCUUGCUUGCACUAUUGCUGUCUUCCUCGCACAUACGCAUCGAGUAAGCGUAUUUUUGUUCGUUUUCCGUGAGACAGGAGAAUAGGGAUGGAAUUGACUAUGCACGUCAAGUAAUAUCAUCAAUAUCCGUGUUAUGUCCGAACCUUUCAUGGAUACUUCGAAAUAUAAACGCAAAACAUUCCAACAUAUUUCAUAAGAUCAUCAUUAUAUUUUGAUAUUGUUAUGUCUCGCAGUACUUGUAAGAGGUCUCAAUAUGUUACAGACGAUACCACUCGCGUCACUAUCAUUCGUUAUCCGAUCUCAUUGUAUCAGAUUCUUCACAAGUACGUGAAGUGCAUUCACGAUUUUUCAAAGUACUAUACUCAAUUUCAGUGAAACGAUAUCUAGGUAUUGAAUUGACUGAGAUUCAUGAGUACAUAUUGAACUUCGUCCCAUCCCUACGCUAGGACAUUCUCCUUUUUCUCUUUCUCUCUUCCUCCCUCUCCUUUUGCCUCUUUCCCGUUCUCUGUCGUGCGUUGCGCUGUAUUUGUCAGUGUAUAUCAGAGGACAAAAGCUUGGAUUUACCAUGGGCACGUUACUGGCUAUAGAAAAGAUCGUACAGUAUUCUCUUAAGCCUGGAAUGGAGGCGAAGAGUCCUUUAGCGUAGACAUGGAGUCGUACGAUCUGUUUGGUGAAGAUGGCAGUGGCUCGAUGCUCGACGCUCUUCCUGAUCUCGGAGGGAAUGAUCAUUUCGAUCCUGCGCCUGCGAAUAAUUCCGUAGCUGUGUCCAGGGACAGUUUGAAUUCUGGCCCUAAUGGAGGAGGGAGUUACAUUAACCAGUCUUACAAUAUUUCUCAAGAAUCUCCACUACAAAAAUUAACUUCAUUCGGCGGAUCUGAAUUUGGUGGUUCCAAUCAGUUGCAAAAUCCGUCGCAGCGCAGUAUGUUUAACCAAAAUCUCGGAACGUUCGAUAGCAACACGCCUCAGCGUGCGAUGGUGCCGGGUGCUUUUCAAAACCAGGCCCGUAGUAUUGCACCACAGCAUAGGGGACCUCAUCCGGGUAGUAGUGGUCAGUAUCCUAGCUAUAACGACAAUAUGUAUUCCAUGGAGCAACAACACUCAAUGGCUAGGGCCAACAUGAGCAUAGAUCCUAGCCAGCAAGGUUGGCCGGGCAACGGUAGUGCUUAUCCUCAGAUACAGAGGCAUUACAAUCAGAUGGCUCCGCAGCCUGGCACAUACAGGCAACACAUGCCACCACAGUAUUCUCAUCAGCAGGAUCAGGCUGGCGUUAUUAAUCAAAAGAUACAGCAACAACAGCAACAACAGCAGCAACACUUUAGUAGUCAACAAGGAAUGAUAGGAAACAUGGGUGUACUGCAUCAAUCGAUGCAAACCGGUGCGACCAGUGGUGUCUAUCAACACAUGGUCGGACAACAGCAGCAUUACCAGCAAGGUAACUCGGUGGCGCUGUAUCAGGCAUCUCCCGGUUAUCCUGCUUUCCCAUCGGCAAUUCAUCAGCAACAACAAGCUCAACAAGCACCUCAACGGAUGCCGCAUCAUCAUCCGCAACAUCCGACUCAUCAACCGCAUCCAUCUCAUCCACAACAGUAUCCUCAGCACACUCAGCAUGCCAACACGCAACAACAACCGACGAUGGACCCUCAAUAUCCUCAUCAUGCAACGUCGAUGUUCAAUCAGCCGCAGCACUCGGCGCCCCCGCAGCAAUUUGGCACGGCCAAACACGCCACCAGUCCUCAGUAUCGGGCUACGUUCCCGCAAUUGUCGCCGCAAAUGUCGCCGAGACCGCAGAUGUCUCCGCGUCCGCCGGCGGUGCAACAACAAAUGUCACCUAGACCUAUAAUGUCACCUGCGAAAUCAACUACAUUGUCGCCACAUCCACAUGUUCAACUGCCUCAUCAGCAGGGUAAUCAAUCGAACGCCAUGUCUGUAUCGCCUUGCCCGCCUACGUCCAUGCAAAUGAAUCCGUCGUCGCAGCAGAGCACCCUACAAGCUCUGGAGCAAAUGGUGAUGCCGGGAGUUGCUGUGUCCAACUCCGUGCCUGUCUCAGCUUCAGACCAAUACAAUCAAUUCCAAACGCGUCCGCCGAUGUCGCAGACACCGAACGUGAUGCCACAGUCGACGGCGCAGAGUCCUAUGCCUCCGGCGGUUACCGGACCCCGAGUGCCAAUGCCUGCUCAAUGGUCGCAUCCGCAGCAGCAACAACAGCCGCAAUCACAGCAACAACAGUCCCAAAUCAGGCCGAGCAUUGGUGUCAGCGAGGAUAGAGGAAGUGGUGUGGUGGAGUCUCAGCAAGCACCUGUAACAUCCGAACAGAGUGCUCCUUCGAUGUUUCCCGUGUCCGGACCAGAGUCUGCCCACAAUGUUGCGGAACCAGCGACAACAACAAACACAACGACGACGAGAGAUCCGACAACAGCGACGACAACGACGACACCGACAGAGAAUGUGCAGAAUCCGAUUGAAACCCCGAAGCAACCGGAGGCCGAAGCCCUACAUCAAAGCGCUCAGAACCAGCAGCCGGAUGCCGCGCUGGUAUCAUCACAGGUGGAUAGCUCAGCACAAAAUAACGCGCAGAGCAGUCUACCUUUGGAUCAUACAUCCACAUCGGCAAAUAUAUCUCAGGUGGAAACAGUGCAGUCUCUUCCAGCGUCGAGUACAAGCGGAAACAUGGAAUGUGCAAAUAUGUCUGGAUCGUUGCAACAACAGCCGCCACCGCCACCGCAAGCGGUUUCUGCGCCAAUGCAGAAUCCCGUUCCUAGUAUCGACAGUCAAAACACGUGCGAGGCAAAACCUCAGGAGCAAAAUAUGGAAGUCGGUGCUGUACAUCAUCAGCAACCGUUGAGUAGUACGAAUAUUCCGCAACCAACUAUGGGACAACCGCAGGCAUCACAGCAGCAACAAUCUAUUAAUUGUCCUCCACAGCAACCAGUACAACAACCGGUGCAGCAGCCGGUGCAACAGCCGGUGCAGCAGCUUCACAUGCCUCAGUCGCAAAUGGUUUCGUCGCAGUCGACGAUACCGCCAGCUCAGCCCUUGCAAUCGCCGCAACAGUCACAGAUAGAUCAUUCGCCAACUGCUCAAUUGAAUCAGCAGCUGCAGCCACAGCAGCCGAUAUCUCAACCGCAGCAGCAACAACAACAGAUACAACAGUUAACUUCGACUCAGCAACCACAAAUUCCGCAACCUCAACAACCCGUACUGAGUCAAACUCAAGCAGUGCAACCUCAGCAAAUGCCGUCAGCACCGCAACCUCAACUAGGACAACCACAGCCGCAAUUGGGGCAGCAACAAUCUCAAUUAGGACAGCCGCAAUCCCAAUUGGGACAACCACAGCCUCAACUGGGACAGCCGCAGCCUCAAUUGGCACCAGCACAGUCUCAAUUGGGACAAUCGGCGGCUCAGCAAGGUCCAACUUGUAUUACGCAGCAAGCGCAACCGACGACACCGCAGGCACAACCGUCUCACAUGCCACAGCAAGUCGGUAUGAUGCCUCAAAACGCCGCAAUGAUCCCGCCUCAAAUGCCGCAGUUGCAAGCGCCGCCACCAAUGCAAAAUCCAGUACCUCCAAUGCAAACUCAAAGUGCGCCAGUUCCAGCGACGCAUCUGAACGCUCAACAGAUACCCACGGUCAGUCAGACCGCUGGUAUGGUGCUGCCAACUCAUCAACCUGCUGUUCCUGUGCCAAAUUCACAAACACCACAUCAGUAUCAUCCUGGAAGUGAUAUAAUCACCGGCAAUACCAUGCCAAACAUGUAUAGUAUGCCGACUAACCCGACGCAAGCACCAGCCCCAGCGAGUGGUUUCGGCACAUCUUGCGCACCGGUUACGCAUCAUCAGGAGAGAGCCGCAUUGCAGCAGCAAUUACAAGAACUGUUCUGCAUGCCUCCGAUUCCGGAGAAUCAAGAGAAGAUAGUUUCCUUGCAAGAGAAGUUGCAGGCACUGCAGCAGCAUGAGACAAACGACCAGUGUAAUGGCGGCCCGCAGUGCAUACUACAAACGCCAAUGUUCACAGCUGCUGUAGUCGAUAGUCCACAAGUUUCUAGUACUACCGGGCGUGGUCGUAGCAAAGGUACACCGCGCGCUAAGAAAAGUCGGAAAAAAGCUGACAAAGAGGCGUCUGCGCCUACCACCAUCACUCAGCAGCAACCUGAACAGCCCUUGUCAGACAAUAAAGUUACCCCGGGCGAUAGUAGUAACGUUGUAGACAGCGUUGCAGAUUCGGAAGACAUGAAACCAUCAUCUGGAGAUAUGGAGGAGGAAUGGAAUAAGAGUAGAAAAUCGCGAUCGCCUCGAAAGCCGCGAAAACCGAAAGAACCGAAGGAGCCGAAAGAGCCGAAACCCAAGAAGGAACCAAAACCACCGAAAGAACCUAAAUCUCCGAAGGUGGCGAGGAAGAGGAAUAAGGACAAGGAUUCUACGAAACGUAACAGGAAAAAAACUAAUCAAUCUGAGUCCGCCGAUGAUGAAGUAGUACGCGAAAACGAAGAAACUACCGUUUCGGAUUCCAGUGCUGUUAAGGACACCGAAACAAAAGUCUGUGAACCGUCCAUUCAAGGUGAUCAGGAACAGGUAGACUCUUCUACUACUGAACCUCUGUUAACUGAGGUAAAGGAAGAGGGAAAAGAGAAAACAGGAGCGGAUGAUACUCCGGAGGAAGACAAGAAAGAAGAGACUUCAGAAGCGACUACUGUGACUACUGAAAAUCCGACUUCCAGUAAAAAGAAACCCGCGGCUAGAAAACGAUCGAACACCGGCAAGGUUUCCUUAGGGAAAUCUCCCAGAAGUUCUAAGAAACGUAAAAGCCGCAUCGCGCCUGAUUCCGAUGGUGAAGAGUUAGCAGCGACUCCUCCGCCAUCACCAGAGGCCGGCGAUGACGUUAACAAGCGGCGUUCCGCAAGAAAUACUCACCGCAAGAAGUACGUGGACGAUGUGAUGUUACGAUUUUCGGACGAUGACGUUCCCAUGCAAGAAGCUCAACUUUCGAAAAAAGUGGAGGGUGCAAACACUUCUAAACCUACUGCCGCUAAAAAGGAGAAUGAGGGUAGUGAAGUUGGACCGAAUAAACCUAACUUCGUGUAUAUUAAUACCACCGAUGAAGAUUCUAUGGUUGUGCAACAUAUUUUAUGCUCUCGAUUGGGAAAGAGAGAGGUUAAGCCAGUGGUACCUGUUAUACCGAAGACGGAACCUACUGCGGAGAAGAAUACGGACAAAGAAGAGUCCGCUGAAGACAAGGAUACUGCGAUCGACGAUCCCGUAAAAGAGGAGGAGGGUGUGGUAUCCGAAACGACUGAGAAAGAAAUAAAGACUGAGGAUGCGACGGAGGAAGAAGAAGAGGAGGAGGAAAAGAAGAAUGAGAGCGAUAACGUGAAAAAGGAGGACUCGAAGAAAUCGGAUGAACUUCCUGUGGAUUCUAAAUCAACCGACCCUCCUGUCCCUGAGACGAAACCGCAGAUGAUUGAAAUUGAAGAAUAUUUCGUUAAAUACCGGAAUUUUUCAUAUCUUCACUGUGAAUGGAGAACAGAAGAGGAAAUGUACAAAGGAGAUAAACGUAUUCAAGCAAAACUAAAAAGAUUCAAGCAAAAACAACAGCAGAACACUAAUAUCUUCGAAAAUACCGAGGAUGAUCCUUUCAAUCCAGACUUUGUCGAAGUUGACAGAGUCUUGGACGAAGCAACUCACACUGAUCCAACAACUGGGGAAACGGUCCGACAUUUCUUGGUCAAGUGGCGAUCUCUUCAAUAUGAAGAUUCUACGUGGGAAUUGGAGGAGGAUGUUGAUUCUGAAAAGAUAGCACAAUUUGCAAGAUUUAAUAAACUGCCACCUAAAGAUCAGUGGAAGCCGAAAAAGAAACCUAAUGCUGCAGCUUGGGUAAAAUUAGAAGAAUCACCAAUUUACAAAAGCAAUAAUAGUUUGAGACCAUAUCAAUUAGAAGGAUUGAACUGGUUGCUGUUCUCGUGGUAUAACGGACAUAAUUGCAUUCUCGCUGAUGAGAUGGGCUUGGGGAAGACGAUUCAAUCUCUGACGUUCGUGGAUGCGGUCUAUAAAUAUGGAAUUCGAGGACCGUUCUUGAUCAUAGCUCCAUUGUCAACCAUUCCAAAUUGGCAGCGAGAGUUUGAAAGCUGGACUGACAUGAAUGUCGUAGUAUAUCACGGGUCCGCGGCAAGUCGCACUAUGCUUCAGGAGUAUGAGGUUUAUUACAAGAAUGAGAAAGGACAGCAAAUCAAAGAUUUAGUCAAAUUUAACGUAUUAAUCACUACAUUUGAGAUUAUUAUAACCGACUUCAACGAAUUACGUGGAUAUAAUUGGAGACUCUGCGUUAUAGACGAAGCUCAUCGGUUAAAAAACCGAAACUGCAAGCUCUUAGAAGGUCUCAGGCAAUUGAAUUUAGAACACAGGGUGCUCCUGUCGGGUACGCCGCUGCAAAAUAAUGUUAAUGAACUGUUCUCUUUGUUGAACUUCCUUGAGCCAGUACAGUUCUCGAGUAGCGAAGCAUUCCUCAAAGAAUUCGGCAAUCUAAGCAGCGAGGGUGAAGUGCAUAAGCUACAACUUCUCCUGAAGCCGAUGAUGUUACGUCGUUUGAAAGAAGACGUUGAGAAAUCGUUAGCGCCGAAGGAAGAGACUGUCGUCGAAGUAGAAUUGACGAAUAUACAAAAGAAAUAUUACCGCGGUAUACUGGAGAGAAAUUUUUCGUUUCUCGCGAAAGGCACUACGUCGGCCAACAUUCCGAAUCUCAUGAACACUAUGAUGGAACUACGAAAGUGUUGCAUCCAUCCAUUUCUGCUUAACGGCGCCGAAGAUCAGAUACAGUUGGAUUACAAGACUAGUGAGAAGGAAGACUCCGAGGCGUAUUAUCACGCAUUGGUAAACAGCUCUGGCAAGAUGGUAUUGAUCGACAAAUUAUUACCGAAACUGAAAGCCAGCGGUCACCGAGUCUUGAUCUUCAGCCAGAUGGUGAAAUGUUUAGAUCUGCUGGAGGACUACUUGCUAUACAAGAAAUACCCAUAUGAGAGAAUCGACGGCCGAAUUCGUGGUAAUUUGCGACAGGCAGCUAUCGAUCGUUACAGCAAACCUGACUCCGAUCGUUUCGUUUUCUUGCUCUGUACAAAGGCAGGCGGUCUCGGUAUCAAUCUCACCGCGGCCGAUACUGUCAUCAUCUACGACAGCGAUUGGAAUCCACAGAACGACUUGCAAGCACAAGCUCGUUGUCAUCGAAUCGGCCAGCAGAAAAUGGUCAAGGUAUACCGUUUGCUGUGCCGCAACACUUAUGAGAGGGAGAUGUUCGACAAAGCUUCCAUGAAGUUGGGGCUGGACAAAGCGAUCCUGCAAUCCAUGAACACCAGUCAAGGUGGGAAAGAUCCUAGCAAUAAACAGUUGACAAAGAAGGAAAUAGAAGAUCUACUGAAGAAAGGUGCAUACGGUGCUAUUAUGGACGACGAUAACGCCGGAGACAAAUUCUGCGAGGAGGACAUCGAGCAGAUACUCGAGCGAAGAACGCAAGUCAUUACAAUCGAGGCGGAGAAAGGUUCGACGUUCUCUAAGGCAAGCUUCGCCUGCUCCUCGAAUCGAUCGGACAUCAAUAUCGACGAUCCCGACUUUUGGAAGAAGUGGGCGAAGAAAGCGGAAAUCGACACAACGGAGAAGAAAGAAGAAGACGAACUGGUUAUAUCUGAACCCCGACGAAGGACACAGAUUAAACGUUAUGGCCACGACGAGUCCGUGGUCGACAUGUCAGAGUUGGACAGCUCGGACGAGAACAGCGACGACGAUACGGGCAUUGGUCUGUCCGGCAGAGGCAAGAAGCGUCGCGACAAGUUCAACAAGAAGACACGCAAAUUCUACGAUGAAUACGUGCCGCGCGAAGGAGAAGUAGUAUAUGGCAGUUGGGCGCGAAGCGAGUGCUUCAAGGUGGAGCGAGGACUACUGACAUUCGGUUGGGGUCGUUGGGAAGAGAUCCUGCAGCACAGUCAAUUCAGACGCGGUUGGCGCGAGAUCGAUGUUGAGGAUUGCGCGCGCGUCAUCCUGUUAUACUGCUUACGUUAUUAUCGCGGCGAUGAGAAGAUUCGCAGCUUCAUCUGGGACUUGAUCACACCUAUGGAGAACGGCGAAAAGGUGAAAAGCGUGUCGAUGAACACCGGUGGUAGGAACAGCAGGCAAAAGAAGAAGGGUCGCGUGCGUGAAGGCAGAGAGACUCGAGGAUCGGUUGUCAACGGGGGACCGAGCGACCCAAAUCACUGGAGCAAUGCUGAAAAGUUCGACGGUGAUAUCUUCCUCGAGAGCAACUACAGGAAGCAUCUGAGCCGUCACGCUAAUAAAGUGCUGUUACGCGUACGAAUGCUAUAUUAUAUUAAGCACGAGAUCAUCGGCGAUCUGGUGCAGCACAUUUCCGACGGCGUUCACGUUAGUGCGUUGCCGAUAGACCCUCCACAAUUGACGGAUCGACCGGCGAAAUGGUGGGAUUCGACAGCAGAUAUAUCCUUAAUAGUCGGCUGCUACAAACACGGCUAUGAGAAUUACGACCAGAUGAGGACUGACCCCGCGCUUUCUUUCAUUACAAGCUGUCCUCCCCCUUCCCAGUCUCAGAGAAAGAGUGCCGACAGCAGCAGUCGGGACGAUAAUAGCUUAGAAAACGAUGUUGAGGAUGGCGAAUCCGCCGGUAUGACAAAAGACUCGAAGGAUUCUGAUAAGUUUAGCCGAGAAACGCCGGCAGAUUCACCUGCCAUCUCCAGCAAGGCGGACACACCGAUACCGGAAGCCAGCAGCAGUCACGAUGGGAAUGACGGUCUUCUACCGGACGAUGAGAAGACCUGGCCGUCUGUAGUGGAUCUCAAUACACGAUUGCGCCGCGUAAUAUCUACUUUCCAGCGAAACAAGAAAGAGGACAUCAAAGUUAUCCCGAAAGGCGGCAAAAUGGGCAUGGAAAGUGAGACUCCUAAUCAUCCGAUCAUGAAUCAUACUAGCACGAUGCACGAGCCGCCUUUGAACAUGCAAGGAUGGGAUUUGCAACAAUUGGCGAUGUACCUUCUGAAAAUGGAGAGGAGAGAAAAAAUGGAAGCUAUGGUGAAGGAACGAGAACGCACUCGUAUCGAGGAACAAAAAGCAAAAUGGACGCGCCGUGAGGAAAGCGAGUUCUUGCGGGUGGUGUCCACAUACGGUGUCAAUUACGACAGAAAAAAAGCCCAAUAUGAUUGGACAAAGUUCAAGAGCAUCGCUAGAUUUGAUAAGAAGACGGACAAUGACCUUACGGAUUAUUACAUGUCGUUCAGAGCAAUGUGCAAGAAAGUCUGUAACGCAAAGAUGAACGAGGACGAAGAUGUUCCUGUCGAUCAAUUGAGUCCGGCCAAAGCAAGACAAAUACUGGAUCGCGUCGACCUCUUGAGCAAGAUUCGAGAGGAGAUCCUGUCGCAUCCGCAUCUCGAGGAACGAUUGUCGCUGUGCCAACCGUCGGGAGACACUCCGGAUUGGUGGCAGCUAGGUAAACAUGAUAAAGAACUGUUACUGGGAGCUGCGAAACACGGUCUCGGACGUACUGACAUAACUAUACUGAACGAUCCGGACUUUUCAUUUCACAAACUACUCACGAGAGGUAUAUACGCGGGCACGCAGACUCCUAAAAUGAUGGAUAAGUGUGAGAAAGCGAUAAAAAUCGAAAGUAGAGAAGAUAUUCUAAAAUUCGAUAAGGACGAGAUACUUGUUAAAUUGGAGAAAGGCGAAGGAACUUUGAAAAUUGAAAAGGUUGGAGCGAAGAAAGAUAAGGAUCAAGUCACUGGUGAUAAAAAGCUCGAGAAUCCUGAUUCCGAGAAGAGUCAAGUGGAGUUGACUAUCGUGAAAUCAGAAGCUAAACCCGAGGAAAAAUCCAUUAAUAACUCGUUGACGAUCACCACUGUCACGAAAAGUGGCAGUGCAUCGUCGGACGUAGAGAAUAUUACUGUGAAGAGUGAAGAGAAGAACGAAUUAGCGAUAAUUAGCGAGCCAGUUAAAUGCGAGAGCAUCAAAACCAAUCAGACUGACGCUAGUAAAUCGACUGAUGAGAAAUCUGUAAAGGAAACUAAUGUGGAAAGCACCGAGGGUCCUGCUAUCAUGGAAGUGGAAAUGGAAGAGAAAACUCAAGAAAAGGAAGUGAAACAGAAAACUGAUUCCGCCGAAAAACCCGAGGAGUCGCAAGCGAAGGACUCAGUGACAGAAACAACUGAGAAAAAUGACACGGAUGCUAAAGAGAAAGAAAGUAUUGAGAAAAACACCGAGACUGCCGAACUUGCUGCCGAAGAUGAUAACAAGAACGCAAAACCAGAUAAUGCCAAGGAAGAGGUCGAAUCACAGGAUGUUAAGAGCACAGACAUUGUCAGAGAGAAAACCAAGGCGUGUCAGAUUGAGGAUAAGUGCAGUGUCCAAGCUGCGGAACUAAAGGCGAUGUUUCCGGAUCUAGAAGUGAUACAACCAUUAUCGAGACUACCACAGAUCGAUACAUUCGUUUUGCGAGACAAGACGAUAGAUUAUAGUAACGAACCUACGGUAGUGCAACUUUUGGCGCAUGGCUGCGGCAGUACAUCGAUAAAAUGGCCAAAGGAACACGCGAUUGAAGCUCGUUUAAUGCACAUCGUGCACGCAAUCGAGCACAAGGAAUGGCCGGUAUCAGUGAACUUCAGUGCCGGCGAAGAGCUGGAGGUUACUCCAAGUGAGAAAGAAUGUUCAGAGGUGAUAACAAUCACUACGGAUCAUGGCGUAUCUAGGUCUAUAUCGAGUGGUAACAAUAUUUCCGCCUCGAAGAAACGCAAAAGGCAUAUCGCCAUCGACGUGGAAACCGAACGAGCCAAGCUUCACGCGCUGCUCAACAGCAGUCACUUGAGCACGCCGUCACCUGCGCCUCUCAGCAAACCAGUCGUACUUUCUGGUUCAACCACCUGGGAAAUUAACGAGGAGUCCCAGUCGGAAGAAUCGCGACGUUCCACACCGGUCCAGCCACCGCCGGCGCAUCAACCGACACGAACACCGACUAUACCUUUUGAUCUGAAGUACACCGUUCCAGGAAAAACGACCGUCAUACCUGGUACAUCCAGUACAUUGACGCCCAUCGAUCUAUCUGCUGGAUAUCCAAAAUCAACUUCUGAUACUAACAUUAUAAAAGACAUGAAUAAAGACAUAAUGAAUGAAGUGCAAGAUUUCUCUAUGCCAAACAAGAAUAAGCAAGUUAGCAGCAACAAAGGAAAACUGGAUAGUAUGCUGGACAAACUCAUGAAAAGAAAAUCUUGCCCAACGGAAGAACCGGUGAUUGGAAAAGAAAAGAAACGUAGGAAAUUGGACGAAAUAGUAUUAGGUCUCAGCGCCGCGAAGGAGCAGCAGAGCAGCCAUUAUCCCGAGCACAGUAAGAAGAAUACGAUCACGCCUAAUGUGACCGUGACUCCGACAUCGGCGCCGAUCGGACUUCCCAAUCCUCCCACGAGCGCUCAAAAGCCAUUCUCCAUUACCGUCACGUCCAUUCCAUCGUCGCGUGCGUCGAGCUCGAACAAUCCUGUUUUGCCACCGCCGUCAUUGCAUUCUCACAAGGAUAGCUUCUCCGCUUUAUUGGCACAAGCGGAGCAGUCGCGAGAACUGAAGAAACAACAGCAGCAGCAGCAGCAACAGCAGCAGCAACAACAACAACAGCAUCAACAACAGCAGCAGCAAGCGUUCAACUCGACCCAUCCGUCUUCUUCAAGCAGCCACAGAAAGAAUUACGAGGCGAUGAUUGCCGAUAUCAAUAAAGUUGCUGAAUACUCAUCCAAGAUCAGCUCUUACUCGCAUGAAGCGAAAGUGAACAAGUGGCUAGCGGAUCAGACAGCCAUGUCGGCAGAACAAUUGAGUGCGGAAUAUCUGAGUGCGCCCAGGCGACGAAGACCGCGUGUCGACCCAUCUUUGUUGGAUUGGAAAAAGCUCACCGGUGAAGAAAACGUCGCAGUUAUUAACCGAUUAACGGGCAAGAAGGUAACCGGCAGCAAAGCGCCUCAAUUAAAGCGGCUUGGCCAAUGGCUCAUUGAGAAUCCAAUGUUCGACGUAGAUCCUAAAUGGGCAGAACUCGUAAAGGAGCGUGGUAAUUUACCGCAUGAUUUGCAGAAAAGACUACCCGGUAACGAUCGAGGUGGCGUAAACAAGGGCAAGAGUCCUGGCAGACCACCUAUGAUGCCGAGCCCUACGAGUGCUCAACAAUCGACAAAUCCUGCUAAUUUAGCGGCCACGUCGAUGGCAUCAGGAUUAAACUUCCCGUCACUGGGCAAUCUCAACAGCUCGUUGCUGUCGGGCCUGUCGCUCGGCAACUUCGAUCCGAAGAACAACCCACUGCUGAUGCCGUUCGGUGGUUUGCCGAAUCUUGGCGCGCUAAGUGGUCUUGGCAAUUUGGGUAAUCUCAGCAACAUGAGUCUGACGAAUUCACUGUUCGCCAAUCUGGCCGGUCUCGGUCUGCCGUCGUUAGCGGGCAUGGAGGCAGCAUUGAGCGCGACCGCGGCAGCGACCAGUAGUGCGGAUACGAACAAUCCAUCCGUGAGUUCGUCUGGCGGCGGAGGUGGCGGUGGCAAGAGUGGCGGAACUAGUUCGUCUGGUAUGAGCAGCAGCGGUGGCAGCAAGUCACGCAGCAGCAAGUUAGAUCAGCCAAGUACGAGUGGAAAAUCGUCGGUACCGUCGACUUCAUCCGGCUCCUCAUCGGGCCUACCAACUACUACGCCAUUUCCAUUCUUUUUCCCGAAUCCCGGUCUCCUCUACACGCCGCUGGGCUUAGGCGGUCUGAAUCCGUUUUCCAUGCAGCCCGGUAGCGUUUCGUCGGCCUACGAGAGCCUCGCGCAAUGCGGCCUCUUAAACCCACCAACUUCUUCCGCGGUUACUUCCGCGGUGCGCAAACCCGUUUCAUCGACGAGCAGCUCGAGGCAGCAGCGAGACACUAUACCGGACGCGUCCCCGUCGUCGUCCUCCUCUUCGUCGUCGACGAAGCGAAAGGAGUCUGAGAAAAAGUCAUCUAGGUAUUCGGUAGAUCCAGCCGUCACUUUGCAGCAAUACACGGAUUUGGCGGCAUUGCACAGUGAAGACAGACGUCGUGUUGAUCAGCAACAGCAGCAACCGCAACCGCAACAACACGAGAAGAGAGAAACGGCGAUUAUAGAGCAAGCUGAUGUAAUGAUAGCUGAUUUGUCGGAAAAAAAGAUAGAACGCAAAAGCAAGGAGCAGGAAAUGAAGGAGGCGCUCGAGCAUUUGAGUAGAACCAGUGCUGAACUGGUGACACGAAACAUCGAUGACACGCCACCGCGAGUAAAUGAGAAAAGGAGUCGCAGUAAUAUGGACGUUAAUCAAAGCUCCGAACAGCCGCAACAUCAAUCAACGCCGUUGCCACUCGAAGUGACUCUGGAGCCUGUUGCAAAAAAAUCGCGUACCGAAACUGCGGACGUGAGCACAAAAUCCACGGCGAAUAACGAUACGCCGAUAAUAGAAAUAGAACCUAUAACAAGAUCGUUGCCGACGACUCCGGCGAAAGCUGUGACACAGCCCUUGCAAGAGGAAAGCAGCAACGUUACCUCGCCGUCGGAGACUCCAGUGAGUGCGAGCAAGAAGGAAGUUAACGAGACGACGGUGGUGGCGGCGGCGGCAACAACAACGACAACUGCGAUAACAGCGUCAUCGUUAUCAUCAUCAUCAUCGUCAUCAUCUUCGACACCAGCCGUCGCGAACACGACGUCACCGCCCACUCAAUGCUCCACCGGAACACCGUCGAAGGCGGCUGAUGCCAAUAAAACUGCCGCUGCCACACCGUCGGAAGUAGAGGAAGACAGUAAAGGUGGUACCAAGGGGAAGAAGGCUCGCAGCGGCAAACGGCUGAACGUAGAACCUCCUCCUGAGCGCAAGAAUCUGCGUUCUAGUGCCGGCAGACAAGCACGAGCAGCUGCAGAACGGCAAGCGCGAAUGGAGGGUGAGAUGCACUCUUCCGAGCAACAACAAGAGGGUCAUACGGCCGGUGAGUGAGUCGUGGCCAAAAGGGUUCGUCGAACCACCGCGGCAAAACGGCGAUAAUCUGUUCGACGAGGAGGAGGAGACGGCCGGGAGAGAUUCUGACGUUGCAGUUUGCUGUCCACGAUUUUUUCUAUUCCACUGAUUCGACACUGCUCGCACAACGAAGAUCUGGAUGUAAGAUAAUUCCCUGUUCGCCGUUGGCGCUGAAACUGAAAGCGAAAGCCAUAAGUAUGUUAAUUUUUGGACGGAUCGUCGACGGAGCACAAGUGUAAAUGAAGAGAAAACUACAGACAUUGGUAUCAUAUUUUGCCUCGUAGUUUCUCUUCCAAUUCUUGGUAGUGAAUGUGUGAUGUGUCUCACGCACGUAUAUGUGUGAAGGAAUAAACGGGACUCCUUUAUUUAACGGGAGAUGUAAUGCGUAUUAUUCAUCCGGCGACGGAGUGUUUGAAUGUAUUUACCGAACGUUGCGGAAAAAAAUAAAGAAUUUCUCAAUAUGAAGGCUGCGAUAGUAUUUUAUCACUCGAUAGUUUGCGUGGUAAUUAAUUUUUAAUUGCGUAAUAUGGUACAGUAUAAGAAAGGUAUAGUUUUGUUAAAUUUAUUAUCUUAUACUAUAUCUUAUUGGUUUUAACAAGAAAGAACUGUUUUAUAUAUAAAAGAAAAAAAUAAUGCAUUAUAUAUAUAAAAUUGUGUACUCGCUGUUGCGCGUAAGAGCAAUUAAAAGCAAGUAACACAAAGCAAGAUAUAACCGUAAUGUAGAGAAAGUAAUUACAGUAAUAACUUAAUAAAACAAACGAAAAAAGAACGGAAUGUACAUAUACGCAUUAUGCUUAGAAACAUUAAGCAACAAUGUACUUGGAAAAUAAGAUGUAUAUAACGCAAUGUACUUUUAAUUACAUUAGGUGAAACAAUAAACAGCUUCUUUUGUUGUUUGCAAA